UGCUUAGAAAACCUACAAAGAAGAAGAAGGAAGGACUGGAUGUACAGAAACACUGGGGUGUGUUGUAAAGAGGAAGGAAGCAGGUUUAAAACCAGAGACGGCUGCAAAACACCCACUGACUGGACAGCAAACAAGGCAGCGGACACAAGAGGUUUCUUUUUCUCUGUUUUUUGAGAGAAAUCAUCUCCUAUUAUGUAACCGAAAGUGCUCCGGAGGUGCUUCAUUUGGGGCCAUAAAUCUGUUUUCAGUCUGAACCGUGUUUUUUUUAAACACUCUGAGAACACAGAGUGAAAACCUCUACGGUAUUGUUCUCCUCAUCUUUCCCUUGCACCAGCAGGUGUUAUGGAUCUGCUGUGUCUCCGAUGCUGGAAAGUUUUGCCUCUUCUUCUGUUGUUGCCAGGUAGAUUUUGGUGUAUGUCAGUUCACAUCCUGAAUGAGCAGCCUGUCCACGUAAUCCCAGGCUCCAAGCUGGUUCUCACAGCUCAGAUCGAGAAGAAUCUCAGGGAAGAGAUUUCCAUGAUAACGUGGACACGGGAGCCUGAAACUGGACAUGAUCGGACCAAAGUGACGCUGGCUACGUGUCCUGCCAAAAGCCCAAAGUGUGCUAGUGGAAGGCCAGAUGUGCAUGUGAGUUUGAAGCAGCAGGAGACGACACUUGAGAUGAACAGAUACAGCACAGAAGACAGCGGAGAGUACUCAGUGACUGUGACAGAUCACUCAGGAGCCAAUACCACCGGGCGCUGCAUCGUCAGGGAGUACGAGGCAGUUCAUCAUGUCUCCAUCAGCAUCAACGUGUCUCACUCCUUGCUGAUUUGCCACGAGGCGUGGGGGACAGACCCCAGCUUCAUCUGGCUGCACGAGAGAGCUGCCAUCACCCAGCAGGUGGGAAAAGUCUCCAAGGAUGGAAACAUGUUGAUUGUUACCACUACUCCCAUUUGUGGUCACUUCACCUGCAUGGUUAGCAACAAGUUGGGAUACAGCUCUGCUACAUACACUGCAGCACCUUGUGAAAGUGGGGGCAGAGGGACGACGGCGGCUGUGGUUUGUCUUGUCCUCCUGCUGGUGGUGUGUGGAGGAGUGCUGGCAUUUCUCUUGUGGAGGAGGCGCAGGGAGAAUAACAUGGGAGAGAGGUUGUACGAACACACAGAUGACACAAUCUAAAAAAGAUCUGAGCUGUUGCUAAAAAGUCUCAGAGGAGAACAGUGGACGGGCCGCACAACGAGGGUGGAAACUUCCUGUCCUGUGAGCAGUAUGACCUCACACUGCAUGGAAACAAUGUGGAGAGUGAACGGCUUCCAGACAAAUAUAGAAAAUACAUACAAGUGGAUAUUCGGCUCCCAGUGCCUCCUGCUCUGCCUGAAAAUGUUUUUUUUAGCAAUGUUUAAUUUUAUUUCUUUAUGUUUUGCUGUCAGUAAAUUGCAUACAAAUGUAUUACAUGAAGUUUAACAAAAAUUUUAAUCUAAAAGAAUAGGAUGCUUGAAUAUUCAUCUGCACUUAGGUGAGAUUUCCUCUCAUUUGCUUUCAUUUCCAGGGUUCACUUUUCAGCUUACAUGCACACACAUUUAGAGCUAAGCAGCAAAAACAAUUGAAAAAGACUUGAUUAAAAGCAGAUCCAGCCCAAGGCCGGAUUCCUACACAUAUCUGAAAAGUCUGGAGAAGUCUGGAAAUUGACAACUAUGAAAAAGUAGUUAAAUUUAAACACUUAUUGCGUUAUCUAAGAGAUGAAUAUUUUGUAAAAUGAAGAGCUUUUAAGAAUAAUUUAUGCUCAAAAUACAUGGCAGAGGGGCAGAAAGAGAUUCAAAAUCAAAGCAAAUCAACACAAAGUGUCAGAGUAAAGGAUCACAAAUUGUGCUUCAAAGAAACUGUGUGUGUGUGUGUGUGUUCAGAUUCAAAAUGUUGUGUUGUUAAAGAUUUGUGGAAUCUGAGGUAAAUGUUUCAUCCUUAAACCUAUAAAAUGUUUUGUGUUUUUUUUUGUUGUUGUUUUGUUUUACAUCUUAUAUUCCACAUCAGGGGCCAGAUUUGAUCCUGUUUUCACAAGCAACCAUAAAAAACAGAUCCCUGAUAUGUUCAUAAGCUGAGUACAUGUCUCUAUUCACACUUAAUUAAAUCAUUAUUCAGUAAACAUGCGUUUCUGCUGCAAUUUCUUGUUGAAGCAACCAGGGGCUUGUUUGCCAACACCUCAACUAUUCCUGCCUUGAAGCUUCAAAAGAAGAAAUGCCACAAAAGAAACUGGUUUCAUCUGUAUUGGAAAAAUGAGGAUUUAUCAGCUGAACAUGUAACCAAACUACAGGGAACACAACACACCUUUAAAUAAUUUUAAAAAAUAUGUCUUUGUGAUGGCACAUAUAAAUUGAAUACCGUACAUAAUGUGUGCAAAAAAUAAUGUGUGGUUUAGUUUCUAGUCCAUGUAUCU